AUGGAAGUGACGAAGAGCCAGAAACAAGUGCUAGGGCAAGAGCACCUUGACACUCUGCUUAACAUGGCCAACUUGGCAUCCAUAUACUGGAACCAGGGACGAUGGAAGGAAGCAGAGGAGUUGCAGGUGCAGGUAAUAGAGAUGCACAAAAAGCUGCUAGGACCGGAGCAUCCACACACACUGCUUAGCAUGGCCAACUUAGCAUCAAUGUACUGGAACCAAGGACGACAAAAGGAAGCUGAGGAGCUGCAGGUCCAGGUAACAGAGAUGCACAAAAGGCUGCUAGGACCGGAGCAUCCACACACUCUGACCAGCAUGGGCAACUUGGCUCUCUUCUGGAAAUCCCAAGGGAAGACUCAAGCUGCAUCGGCUCUCCUAGAACAAUGUCUUGCACUCGAGAAGAAAGUCCUGGGUCCAGGCCAUCCAAAUACCUUGAUCUCUUCUCGCAUUCUCGGGGAGUGGAGAAAAGAGGACGGCCCCUUAUCAAAUGAUCACCCGCUACAACCUGCUCAGCCUGAAAGUGAUCACAUCCCGAGGCGACCCGGUGUGGCGGUCACUGCGCCAGAUAAUGAAGAGCAUACCGAACGUACGGGAAGGCACUAA